UUCAGCAAUUGUGCAGAAAAAUCGUGAAUUUGCACCACUCGUUUCUCAUCCUCCCGAGUUGCGAAGCGAUGGAGGUAAUAUCGUAUUCCGUAUAACGGCUGAAAUGGCGCGAAAGGAUAAAGAUAAGGUUUUAGAUACUGUUUCGCUUGUUGAAAUUUUGUAUUCAUGUGAAAAAAUUCAACCAUCAGUUUUCCAUGAGGCCCUCAAAAGAGGCUUUGGCGUUAAAACGAAUGACCAAAAAUUUGGAGAGAUCAAACCAGCCUGCCUUCUUGUUCCACUGUAUUGUUCCUCAAAUGAAAAGUUUCUUGAAGUUUUGGAUGAUUUUGAAUCUGGAAGGCUAAAAGAACGUUUGCUGGAAGCAUUUUCACAGUUUCGAGAUGAAAUAAAAAUGAUGGAAAUUGAGUUAAUGAAAAUGGAAGAAGUAAACAAAAUGAAGGAUGAUAUAAAAAGAAAAUUGCGGGAUUCAACUACGCAUUUGAAAGAAAAUCAGAAUUUGCAAGCAAUGCGCGAUGAAGAAUUUACUGAAAAGUUUAUUAAAAAGCUUUUUGUCGCUGAUGUAAAUGGCAAAAACACUGAUGGAGUCCCAGGGCUACACACUGCUGUUAUUGAAGGUUCGGUUAAAAUUGUGAAAUAUCUUGUGGAACAGGGAGCGGAUGUGAAUGGCAAGAACGUUGCUGGAACGACAGUGCUGCACACUGCUGUUUUUAAGGGUUCGCUAGAAAUGGUGAAAUUUCUUGUAGAAAAUGCGGCUGAUGUAAAUGGCAAAAACACUGACGGAGUGCCAGUGCUGCACACUGCUGUCAAGGAAGGUACGUUAGAAAUGGUGAAAUAUCUUGUAGAACAGGGAGCUGAUGUAAAUGGGAAAAACACUGACGGAGCGACUGUCCUGCACACUGCAGUUAUGAAAGGAAGGCUAGAAAUAGUGAAAUAUCUUGAAGAAAAAAGAGCUGAUCUAAAUGGCAUAAACAAUGAAAGAGUGACAGUGCUGCACACUGCUGUUGCCGAAGGCACGCUAGAAAUGGUGAAAUAUCUUGUAGAACAUGGAACUGAUGUAAAUAGCAAAAAGACACGUGGAGUGACAGUGCUGCACACUGCUGUUGUUCAAGGCACGUUAGAAAUGGUGAAAUAUCUUGUUGCACAUGGAGCUGAUGUAAAUGGCAAAAACACUGACGGAGUGACAGUGCUGCACACUGCUGUUGUUCAAGGCACGCUAGAAAUGGUGAAAUAUCUUGUUGAACAUGGAGCUGAUGUAAAUGACAAAGAUACUGACGGAUUGACAGUCUUGCAUGUUGCUGUGCAUACUCGUGCAUUAGAAAUUGUCAAGUACUUAGUUGAACAGGGUGCUGACAUUACUCCUAAAAGUGAAAUCGGCACUCACACUCUUGGCAUUGACAUUCUGAAAAUGGCUAUCAAAGAAAAUUCAGUUGUUUUGGUCAAUCUUCUGUUGGAAAAGAACAUCGCAUUAUGGAGAGCUGGAACAUUUCUUGUUGAAGGAAGGCAAAUGAGUCUUCUUGAAUGGAGUAUUCACCUUGGUCAUGAUGAAAUUGCAACCAUCCUCAAAAGGUCCGUAAAUCAUCGUGAGAAGAUUCAGAUGUUGAAAACAAUGAAUUGCAACCGGUUACAAAAGACUGGAAUACCGAUGCAGGCUUUUGUCGCAAGGCAUCGAUUCAAAAUUGGGGAUGGCAGUUUUUCUCGUGUCUAUGUUGGUAUCAUGAAAGAUGGGAGUGAAGUUGCUGUUAAGAGAACUUUGAUACUAAUUGGGGAUAAAACAGAUGAAAACGAAAACGAAAUCACGAGUCUUAUUAAAAGUGACAGCUGCCCAUUUAUAGUGAACUGUCGACAUUUCUAUCGUGACGAUACCUUCAUGUAUCUUAUUCUUGAUCUCUACGAAGAAAAUUUACGACAAUUUGUUGAAUCAUGUAGUAUUGAACAUCUACAAAAGCAUGGUCCACGGAUGAUUAAGGAAAUUCUAUCUGGACUUAAAUUUCUUCACGAUAAAGGAAUAUUGCACAGAGAUCUAAAACCAUCAAACGUUCUGGUUGACAUCGAAGGUCGCAUGAAAUUGGGAGACUUUGGAAUAAGCCGCAUUCUUAAAGACGAUGAAACAACAGUUGAAACAUUUGCUAAAGGCACUCUCGGAUGGAUGCCACCAGAAGUAAUCGAAGCAAUAGACAGAGACGAAAAAGGUCCUUUUAAAAGAAAAUCGGAUGUUCAUGUCGCGGGUAUGAUUUCUUUUUACAUCUUAACCAAAGGUGAACACCCUUUCGGUUCUUCCCUCAAUCGAAUGAACAAUAUUCUGCAAGGAAGCCCAGUCAAUUUGAAGAAAUUUGACGAUCGUAAUGCUCGAAGGUUUGUAUCGUGGUUGAUUAAUCACAGGAUCAAGGAUAGACCUUAUGCUCACGAAGCCCUGAGGAAUUCUUUCGUUAAUAAAGCCUAAAGACGGCGAAGUUUGUCUGGAUAGACGCACUAUUUUUAGACUAAGUUCGUCCUGUCGCCUGAUCCGUCUGUAAUAUAAUCCGGCCAUGCAUCUAUACCAUUUUUAUAUCUGCUUAUUGACCGAGGGCGACUGCGAAAAUACAAAAUGUUAUCCUUUGUGAAUUUUCCGUUCAUUACUUUCCCUAUCGUAGCUAACUUCACCCACAAUUCUUGUAUGUAUAGCAAUAUAGACAUACGAAGCCCUAUGUAAGUCUUUAGUGCUUAUUCUGCCAUGCGACAGACACUACUGAGUACUGUGAUCCACGCCACCGUGAUCCACACAAUGUUCUUAGAAUGAUAGUUCACCUGAUAGUACUGAUGUACUAUAUUUAAAAGCAUGAUGCUGUUAACAUCAACUUCAUGCAAGCUCCGACCUGUCAACCGUCUCUAAUAGCACUUGAAAUAUUACAGAGGGUUAAACUUCAGCACAUUGCACAACCAUCUCGACAUAGUUUUACCAGCAUGGCGUGCUCAUCUUGACGUUUAUGAAA